CAUGGCUGGAAGAAGAGACACGUUUUUGGUGGCAGUGUUGUGUGGAAAUGUUGUUAUGCUGCUGGCAGGAGUUGUGUUGGCGCCUGAAACUACUACAGCUGACAGAAGAGACAUGUACUCCCUGGUACAGUGGCUGUGGGGACUACUGCUGAACAUGCCCACAGCUGUGGUACUGGCCAUGGUGGUGAAUCUGUUACUGCUGCUCAGACUAGUCUACACCAGGGGGAACAGCAAGGAACAGGUUGUCUAUGUUAAUAAGGAUGUGGCUUGCUACAAGACCUCAACUCAAGAUAUCCCGACUCCACAUCUUAGGAUUUUCUAUGGCACACAGACAGGGACAGCCAAGCAUUUUGCAGAGCUGCUUCAUACAGCAGCCCAGGACAGAGGACUGACAUGUGGGGUUACUGACCUUGCAAAGGUGACCGACCCAGAGGACACAUUCACAGAGGAGAUGGAGGCAGGAUCUAUCUGUGUCUUCAUACUGUCCACAUACACAGAUGGCCAGCCGCCUGAGGCUGCAGCAUGGGUGUGCAGGUGGCUGGAGGAGUCUGCCACUGACUUCAGGGUCUCAAAGACACUUCUGGGGAAACUUCAGUAUGCCGUAUUUGGGCUGGGGAGUUCAGAGUAUGGAGACAACUUCAACAAGGCCAGCAAGAAGUUAGAGCAGUGGCUGAAGACCCUGGGGGCACAGGAGGUGUUCCCCAGGGGGGUGGGGGACCAGAACGUGGCCGGCAGCAGACAUGGUAGUCUGGAGCAGGACUUCACUGUGUGGAGCAACCAGAUGCUGGGAGCUGUCAGGAACUGUCAAUCACAGCAGGGAGGUUGUUGUAAACAAAGUACAGAUUCCUGUCAGUGCAAAGGUAGUGACAAUAAACAAGGUGAAGAUAAGGAGGUUCAGUAUGAAAGCUCCAGUGAUGACGGUGGUAGCCUGAGUGAUGAUGAUGGUGCACUGGUGGAUGUGGAGGACCUAGGAGCUGUCAUGAGUAAGAUGAAACAAGCUAAGAAGCAGAGACAAGAGGAGGAAGAAGCAGCAGGGAGAGGACGUAGGAAGAUAACAGUCAAGAAGAAGGGAGGAGAGCCGAAAGAAAUGAUCACACCUGCUCUGAAGAAGGCUCUAGAAAAACAAGGUUACAGGUUGAUUGGCAGCCACUCAGGGGUGAAACUGUGCCGCUGGACCAAGUCCAUGUUACGGGGGAGGGGGGGCUGCUACAAACACACCUUCUACGGCAUUGAGAGCCACAGGUGUAUGGAGACCACCCCCAGCCUGGCAUGUGCCAACAAGUGUGUCUUCUGUUGGAGACACCACACCAACCCUGUUGGUACUGAGUGGAGGUGGAAAAUGGAUGAUCCUCAGGCCAUCCUGGAUGGAGCCAUGAAAAACCACUACAACCUCAUCAAACAGUUCAAAGGAGUGCCGGGUGUGAAGGCAGAGCGGUUGGCAGAAGCCAUGGAUGUCCAGCACUGUGCCCUGUCCCUGGUGGGAGAACCCAUCAUGUACCCACAGAUCAACACGUUUGUACAACUGCUGCAUAGGCACAGGAUCUCAUCCUUUCUGGUCACCAAUGCACAGUUUCCUGAUGCUAUCAGGAACAUGGACCCAGUGACCCAGCUGUAUGUAAGUGUGGAUGCCAGCACUAAGGACAGUCUGAAGAAGAUAGACAGGCCUCUCUUCAGGGACUUUUGGCCCAGAUUCUUGGACAGCCUGAAAGCUCUGUCUGAAAAGGGCCAGAGGACUGUGUACAGACUGACUCUGGUGAAGGCGUGGAAUGUGGAUGAGAUUGAGAACUAUGCACAACUGGUGGAGAUUGGCAAGCCAGACUUUAUUGAAGUGAAGGGAGUAACCUACUGUGGAGAGUCCAAGGCCAGUAGUCUGUCCAUGGCAAACAUCCCAUGGCAUGAAGAGGUGGUCAACUUUGUACAGCAGCUAGCAGACCAGCUUCCCGCCUACGAGAUCGCCGCCGAGCAUGAACACUCCAACUGUGUGCUCCUGGCCAAUACAAAGUUUAAGAAGGGUAGUGAAUGGUGGACAUGGAUCGACUACCCAAAGUUCCACCAGCUGAUAGCAGACUACACUGACAGUGAGGGUGACAAGAUGUUCAGUGCUGAGGACUACAUGGCUAAAACUCCCGGCUGGGCUGUGUUUGGGAGCAGGGAACAGGGGUUCGAUCCCCAGGAGACCAGAUGGUACAGGAAGAACAGAAAGGACAUUUCUGGAUGUUAGCAUAUAUGGCUUUAACAUUAAAAAUUGCAGUCUCUUUUGUUCAUAAAACUUUGCAAGCUAACAAGGCUUAAAAACUUACUUCACAGUAUAAAAGGAUACAUUUAUGCAAGAAACUGUUAACAUAAGUGAAGGUACCAAUUUUUCAGUUUCCAUGUAGUAAUAAUAGCAUGCUUAAAGGAUGCUUGGAUGCAGCUUUGUUCAUCUCUAAGGUGCUUUCUAAGAAAGGGAUAUAGAACACUGGUGAAACUCAAGAUAGAUAGAAAUGGAAGCUAAUACAGCACUUCUCUAUAUGAAAUGUGUUAGAGUCAGACUAUUCUGAUCUGAUUCUAUUUACAUCUUACUUCUUAUCUUUAAUUCAUAUAGGCAGGGAAAGGGCCAUAUCAGUAGACUUUUAUGUUGUGCAGGUACAUGUGUAGAUACAACACACACUUUGUAUCUAUGGUGAAAAUACAUUAUAUUUUUUUUCUUUAUUUCAAAUACCCGAGGUAUUAUAUGAGAUGCAGUA